GGCGCAAAGCCCAAAAGAAAACGGAUGCAGUGAGGCAUCUUCGAACUUUACCCCAAAUCUCAAACCCUGCCAAAACCCUAGCACUCCAGCACCAGUAACAGAGAAAAGGAAAAGCAGAAGAAGAAGAAAGAAGAAAAUGGGAAAGGUUCCACCAUCACUCCGUUCGGCAAUUGCAACAACUCUCAUGAAAAAGCAAUCCUCUUCACUCAUUCCCAAAGAGUCCACAACCACAACCCCACCUCACAAUCCCCAACACUUUCCCAGAAAACCAACCACCAGGAAAACCAAAUCCCACGACUCUCCUCAAACCCAAACCCAAAUCCAAACCCUUUUCAAAUCCCCAAACCUCUCCGACGCCAAAAAGCUCUUCAACUCAAUCAUUUCCACCAACCCCAAAUUCCCACUUGACCUCCGUUUCCACAACUCUCUCCUUCAAUCCUACUCUUCAAUCUCCACCGUCCAAGACUCCAUCUCUCUCCUCAACCACAUGAUCAAAUCACACCCUUCUUUCUCUCCGGACCGAUCCACCUUCCACAUAUUACUCUCCCAAUCCUGCAAAGCACCUGAUCCCUCCCUCUCCUCUGUCCACCAAACCCUCAAUCUCAUGCUCAACCACGGCUUCGCACCCGAUAAGGUCACUGCUGAUAUUGCCAUUCGCUCGCUCUGUUCGGCCGGUCGCGUAGACCAAGCUGUCGAAUUGGUAAAAGAAUUUUCAUCAAAACACUCUGUUCCGGAUACUUAUACUUAUAAUUUUAUUAUUAAGCAUCUAUGCAAGGCUAGGUCUUUGAGUUUGAUUGACGAUUUUAUUGAAGAAAUGCGAGAUAAUUUUGAUUUGAAGCCUGAUCUUGUUACUUAUACAAUAUUGAUUGAUAAUGUGUGUAAUAUGAAGAAUCUCCGCGAGGCCACGAGGUUGGUCAAAGUGCUUAAGAAGGAAGGGUUUAAGCCUGAUUGUUUUGUUUAUAAUACUAUUAUGAAGGGUUAUUGUAUGUUGAGUAACGGGAGUGAGGCAAUUGGGGUUUAUAAUGAAAUGAAGGAGGAGGGUGUGGAACCUGAUUUGGUUACAUACAAUACUUUGAUUUUUGGGUUAUCGAAGUCUGGACGGGUUAAAGAAGCUAAGAAGAUUUUAAGGGUUAUGACGGAAAAGGGUCAUUUCCCGGACACUGUUACGUACACUUCGUUGAUGAAUGGGUUGUGUCGAGAAGGGGAUGCGUUGGGUGCGUUGGCGUUGUUGGAGGAGAUGGAAGUGAGGGGGUGUAGUCCGAAUUCGUGUACUUAUAGUACGUUGCUUCAUGGAUUGUGUAAGGCAAGACUGUUAGAGAAAGCUAAGGAGCUGUAUGGGGUAAUGAAAGCGGGGGAUAUGAAGCUUGAGACUGCAGCUUAUGCUACCUUUGUGAGGGCACUUUGUAGGGAAGGGAGGAUAGCAGAGGCUUAUGAAGUAUUUGAUUAUGCAGUUGAGAGUAAGAGUUUAACGGAUGUUGCUGCUUACUCAACGUUGGAAAGUACACUUAAGUGGGUGAAGAAAGCUAAAGAACAAGGCAAUAUUAUCUAACUGGUUCUGUUGUUGUUUUGAGUUGACAAUGAACUCUUCUUUUCCAGAGAGAAGAUUGCAUGCAGACAUUAUACUAGACCAUACCUUCAGUCACUCUGCAUCUGAGCCCAACUCGUCUUUCGAGAAACAUCUGGUGGUAAUAUAAAGCCCUGAUUGGAAGGUCCCAAACUUGAAGCUGUUGUCCAGGAUAUCUAUAAUACCAUCCCUGUACAGCAAAAGGCCUGAGGCAUUUUAGCUGAAUGAAUUAAGAGGGCAAUAUAUGCAUGAAUUGAGAGAGCAAUAUUGCCACCUCAAGCAGGUAGAGCCAGGAGAACUAUCAGAUCACAUAAUUUUAUUUUUUAGUAGUAGUCUACCACCUCACUCCUCGGACAUUCUAAUGGUAUUUUUAUCUUUUGGCAUUAGUCUACCAUACUCUUGGCUCAUUAGUUGAUUAGCUAAUCUGAGAUCAUACUGUGCUUGCACUAUGUACACGAUUUUUCUGUGGUAAAAGAGUGCUGUUUCUAGUCUAAUUUGUCAUAAAGGCUUCAGGGCUUCAGGAAGCCCAUUUAUCUAUCAUCUGCUCAUGUAAUAAUCAUCUUUUUGUAUCUGCUAUGAUGUAUUCAUUCCAAUUCAAAGGGGGAACUGCUUUUUUGUAUA